AUCCCAGGGCGGGGCGUGGCGGAAACCCACAGGUCCGAGGAAAUUUCCAUCCCUAAUAGGUCCGUGCUAAUCCGUCUCUAUAGUAUAUAUUCACAGAUAUAUGUGUAGCCGUUCUUGUGAUUUUUAAAUGGGGGAAAAUGGUGGAAGCACCGCCUCUUCCGAUGACCAGACGAAACCCAUAUCAAAGAUGGUGUCAGUAGAUGAAGCUCUCCAAACAGUACUGAGUGUGGCCCAGCGACUGCCACCUGUCACGGUGCCCCUUCACGAAGCUCUGAGCAGGGUCUUAGCCGAGGACAUCAGAGCUCCUGACCCUCUUCCUCCUUUCCCUGCAUCGGUUAAGGAUGGCUAUGCAGUAGUUGCCUCAGAUGGACCUGGGGAGUAUCCCAUUAUUACUGAAUCAAGAGCAGGAAAUGAUGGAGUUGGAGUCACCAUAACUCCUGGAACUGUUGCAUAUGUAACGACUGGAGGACCGAUACCUGAAGGUGCUGAUGCGGUUGUUCAAGUAGAAGAUACUGAACUAAUAGAAGGUGAUUCAGUUGAAUCAAAGCGAGUAAGAAUAUUGGAACAGACAAUCCAAGGAGUUGAUAUUCGUCCAGUGGGAUUCGACGUUGAAAAGGAUGCUGUAGUAUUGAAAUCUGGAGAACGAUUAGGUGCUGCGGAAAUCGGCCUACUUGCCACUAUGGGUGUAAUUAUGGUUAAGGUAUAUCCUACCCCGACAAUUGCUGUGCUUUCCACCGGUGAUGAACUCGUAGAGCCAACAAUUGGGUAUUUAGGUCGCGGCCAGAUAAGAGACUCCAAUCGUGCCAUGAUCCUUGCUGCUGCAGCACAACAGCAGUGCAAAAUUCUUGACCUAGGUAUAGCUUGUGAUGUUGAAGAAAUGAUUGAGAGUGCUUUGGAUGGUGCCUUUUCUGCUGGAGUUGAUAUUCUUUUGACUUCUGGAGGUGUUUCCAUGGGAGAUAGGGAUUUCGUCAAGCCUUUGCUUGAAAAGAGAGGAAAAGUAUAUUUUAAUAAGGUUUGCAUGAAACCAGGAAAGCCUCUUACAUUCGCUAAGAUCAUUAAAGAAUCACCAGGAAAUGCGGCAGCCAAUGAGAUUCUUGCAUUUGGAUUACCUGGAAAUCCAGUAAGCUGUUUAGUAUGUUUCCAUCUCUUUGUGGUCCCUACUGUUCGCCGUCUUGCUGGAUGGGCCAACCCUCACCUUCCAAGAGUACAUGCUCGCCUUAAACAUUCGAUAAAGACAGAUUCGGUCCGUGCAGAAUUUCAGCGUGCCAUUAUUAGAUGGGAUGCGAAUGAUGGAUCAGGCAGUCCUGGAUUUGUUGCUGAGAGCACUGGCCGUCAGAUGAGUAGUCGGCUUUUGAGUAUGAAAUCAGCAAAUGCUUUGUUGGAACUGCCAGCAUCACGCGGUGUUAUAUCUGCUGGAACUUCUGCAACAGCCAUCAUAAUUUCUGAUUUAAGUGGUUUAUCUGUGAGCGAGAGUUUUUCAUCACCAGACUCAGGUUGUGCUGUACAGGGAAGUAUGUCACAACAAGCAACUGCAGAUGAUUCUCGAGGUUCUGAAUACAGAGUAGCUGUACUCACUGUGAGUGAUACUGUUGCGUCUGGGGCAGGGCCUGAUCGGAGUGGUCCAAGGGCAAUUUCUGUAGUAAAUUCUGCAUCAGAAAGAUUAGGAGGAGCAAGGGUAGUUGCAACAGCUGUGGUUCAAGAUGAGGUGCCCAAAAUCAAGGACAUAUUGCGGAGAUGGAGUGACGUUGAAAAAAUGGAUCUCAUUCUUACCCUUGGUGGUACUGGCUUCACCCCUAGAGAUGUUACCCCUGAAGCAACAAAAGAUUUGAUAGAAAAGGAAACACCUGGUCUUCUGUAUGUCAUGAUGCAAGAGAGUCUUAAGGUGACACCAUUUGCUAUGCUCUCACGCUCUGCAGCUGGAAUAAGAGGAUCAACGCUGAUCAUCAACAUGCCAGGAAAUCCAAAUGCAGUUGCAGAAUGCAUGGAGGCCUUGUUGCCUGCCCUUAAGCAUGCGUUGAAGCAGAUAAAGGGUGACAAGAGAGAGAAGCAUCCUCGUCAUGUACCUCAUGCACAAGCAGCUUCCCCGGAUGUUUGGGAAAAUAGUUAUAAGUUGGCUUCUAGUGGCGGGAAAGAACCUGGCUGUUCAUGUUCCCAUUAAUAUGAUCUUCAAUCUUGUGAAUGUAAAUACUGUAUAAUCCCAGGACUCUGAGAUACUUGAAAGUAAAAUCCUUGAUAGGAUGCACAUUGAAAGAAACUUCAAUGACUGGAAAGGAAAUGGCAGAGGGAAAAGUUUCUGUGCCUGAAAUUUUUUGAAAAACAUAAAGUAAGUCAAAGCUGAAAUGUCACUAGACGCGAGAAUCCUCCCAUAAUUGGGUGACACGAGACAUGGCUAAAUGGGCUCAAAUUUAUUUUAGCUUAUCAAUC